ACCCCCCAGAGACACACGUGACCCGCCACCCCAUCUCCAAGGAGGAGGUCACCCUGAGGUGCUGGGCCCUGGGCUUCUACCCUGAGGAGAUCUCCCUGACCUGGCAGCGGGAUGGACAGGACCUGACCCAGGACAUGGAGCUGGUGGAGACCAGGCCUUCAGGGGAUGGAACCUUCCAGAAGUGGGCGGCUGUGGUGGUGCUUUCUGGAGAGGAGCAUAACUACACGUGCCAUGUGCAGCAUGAGGGGCUGCCUGAGCCCCGCACCCUGAGAUGGGAGUCGCCUGCUCAGCCCCCGUUCCCCAUCCUGGGGGUUGUUGCUGCUGCGAUCCUCCUUGUAGCUGUGCUCGCUGGAGCUGGCGCUGCUCUCCUGAUGUGGAGGAGGAAGAGAGCAGGUGUAAAAGGAGGGGGCUACGCUCAGGCUGCAAAUAAUGACAGUGCCCAGGGCUCUGAUUCAUCUCUUGAGGCUUGUAAAGCAUGAGACAGCUGCUUUGUGGGUGACCAGGCAACACCUGACUUCUCUACCCUGUGCUUUGUGACCUCAAGAACACCCGAAUCACCGCUCUGCAGAUGGCUUCUGAGUGUGUCCAGGCUCCUGUCGGCUCGGGGAGGGUGUGCAGAGAGCAGCCCGGCCCCGGGCACCAGGACUCCCGUCCCCACGCUGACCCGUGGUCCCUUCCUCAUCAACUCUCCUGUUCCAGCAGUUAUGGGCUGGGGUGGCUCCAGCAAUGUCAUGGUGCCCUGAGCUGCAGCUUCGUCCGCGCUGUCGUGAGAACUGUCCCACACCCUGGCCGGUGUAGCUCCGUGCUG